GGAACGUCAACAUUCAACAAAGCCAUGCGCAAAGUAAUCAUGUAAGAAGGAAAGGCCAAGUCCAGUUCUAGUUCAGUGUUCGCGAAUAGUUUUUGGUGUCUUGCCUGUGAAGUAUGCCAUUUAUUUCUAAAGAUUGGCGAUCUCCGGGAGAAGAGUGGGUGAAAACUGAAGAGGGCUGGGAAAAGAAAAAAAUUUUAGAGUGCGGAAGACAGCUUAGUUUUAGCCAACAAGAGAAUCUAGAUGGAAGAUGUCAAGAUAGCUAUGGAUCCAGUGAAGUCAACUCUUACGAUAUCAACACCAGAUGUUUCAGUUUACAAGAUGAGGAGGAUAAGGAGAAUAUGGAGGUUGUGGAUAACAUGAGCGAACGGAAAAUCCAAGACGGAGCAGUCCAACCUCAUUGUCAUAUCACCAUAAAGUGCACCAAGGAGAUUGCAGGCUUCAACGGACUCAGUGACGCGUUUAAGAGGCUAGACUUCCGGUCGGCAGUUCAUGAUGUACGGAGGUUCAACUACAUCUGUAAGCUGCUAGAUCUCUUGAUCUCACAGAAGUUGGCAGCUCUGUCCGGCUGUGCCCAGAAGGUGCUGUUCAAUAUGCUUGAAGAAGUUGCCUAUCAAGUGUCGGCAAGUCAGCAAAACAUCCAUCUGCUCCACAAACUGCUGAGACAGCUAAGGGGCAUGAUCGAUUGUGCAUGCUGGGGGAGACCUCUAGGAUCGACACAGCUGUGGGAAACACAUCUGGUCACCAUCAACCGAAUAUUAACCAUUGCUAACACUAUCCAGAUCAGGGAGCCAGGAGAUGAUGUUUUUCCCAAGCUACAAAACUUACCUGAGGAAUGUGUCAGAGAAGUUAUGCUUCGGCUGGCAGACCAUAAGGACUUGGAGGCUAGUGGGAAAGCAUAUAGUGUAAUGGCGAGACUGUGUGACGAACAGCGUAUCUGGCGUGAGUUGUGUCAGUUUCACUUCUCCCCUCAGCAGAUAGCCUUCAUCACAGACCAACAGCAUGGACCUUUAGACUGGCAGCAGGUCUACCACAAGUUGCGCAAAUCAUUCGGGCUGCGUGAGGAGUAUGCCGAGAUGAUCCAACUGUGUCGUAACUGCCGCUGCCUCUUCUGGAAGUCCAUCGGUCACCCUUGUAUCGCUGACACGGACCCUCAGUUUCAGGAGAAGCUGGAAGAUGUGGACAAGAGCUCUCUCCAUGUCCCUAUCCCUCCACAGGCCUUCCUCAAGUUCUUCUCCCUGUAGGUGAGAUGAACAACGGUAUCAAAGAGCGUACGGAAUACGAAGAACGUCCAACGUCCAGUGGCUCGCUGCAGCUGGUUGUAAAUUUAACUGUAAAAUAUGAUAAAAUUGUUUGGUAUGAAUUUAUUCUUUAUUACUGAGUAAUAUAAUGAGUUUUCGUGUCUAUUGUGCACAAUAAUCCUGUUAGCUUUUCGGUUUGGAAAUGGAGACAUGUUUGUUUGUUUAUACUUUUGAUACGAUCGUGGUUUUUGUUGUUAGUGAUUAGUUUUCGAUUUAUGUUGAUAUUCCUGCUUAAUACUCGUUCGUACUUAUGUAAAAUAGCAGAGAAAUCACUGCAGUUGUUAAUAAUAUGUAACAUAAGCGCAAUUAUUAUUUUGGUGCAAAUGUUCAAUGACAUGAAAUUAGGUAAGGAAUUGAGGUAAUAAUAAUUUUACUACCACAAGCAUAAUGCAAAGCUUUUGUUCUUUAAGAGGCUCCAUAAAAAUAAAUAUAAUUUUGCUUUGAUCUUGUUUGGUGAUUGGAUGUUAAAAUGUGAUGUUUGAUUGAGUACCUUUAGGUUUGUAUACAAGUUAUUUCUUCUACCUGUUUCAUUUUGAAUAUCAGACGCAAAUGUGAAGAAAACGUAUUAACUUGUAUAGUCAUAACAGACUGUUCAUAGUUUUAAAAUAUAAUUAACGUAAUAAAUUAAUAAUAAAGGAUAUUAAAAUUAUUCUGUAGUUGUUCUUUUAAGGUUGUGAUAUGUUUUUUCGUGCUACUUAGCGUUGUUGUUGCUUGUUUUCAUAGUUUACAUGUAUAUCAAAUCAAUCUUUACAAUCCCUACAUUCACAUUUCAUGUGUUGGUAUUCAAUUCCAGUGUCCAAUAUUGUUCAUGGACAUAUGAUUUUUAAUACCAUUUUUCAUAAUAUAAAAUCAAUUAAAAAAAUUGGUACGAUAUUAUAGAGUUGUUUUAUCAUAAUUAUAUGUGUGAUAAUUUUGUAUUUUAUGUUUGGUAUGGACCUAAUAUCUGGUUUACUUCUGACUGUAAUACAAUGAAAUGUUGUGCUCUAAUUAUUUAAAAAUGCAAUUAUAUAACAACAAACUUUAUACAUAAUUCAUUGUACAUACAACAUUUUGAAUCAAAUGUCUUGGAUUGUCUUUAACAUAAAAAGUAUUUGUGCGUGAAUUAGAAGUGGUACAUUGUAUAUUGCAGUGGACUCUUGGUAGUUUGACUGUUAUGUAAAUGGUGGGAGGGGGGAUUGUUAUAGAUUGCAAAAAAUGUGUGACUACCAAAGGUUUGCUGCGGUAUUUCACUGAAUUUAACCGUAUAAAUAAAAAACUUCUAUUUAUUAUGUACUAUGACGAUAUCACUGUCAAGAAUAUAAAAUAUACCAUUUUUGCAUUUUUUACUAAAAAAUUUUAAUUUAUUUUAUUUAAAAAAUACAAAAAAAACUUAAUUCUAUUUUUAUGUACUGUACUCAUAGGCCAGCAAACUGCUGGCUCAAACAUCAGACUGUAAAGAAUCAAGAUAAUAAUCCACACAAACCAAAAAUAUGAUUAUUUAUCAAUCAUAAAAUACGCAUUGCACUUAAGUUAAAUGCUGACUAAUUGCUGGAAGGAAUGUAUGCAGUUAUUCAAUAAUAGCAGCUGAGUUUUUGGCAAAUAACUGGCCAAAACCUCUGGUAUUGAAAAGAUCACCGCAAUAAUUAGUUCUGUAAGUAAAUAAUUACUCAUAUUUUUCUGUUAUGUUGCUACAUGUUUUCUUACCUUAUUAAUAAUAGUUUAUUAGCUGUGAUUCUUUUGCAAGUUUUGUGAAACAAAGAAUGUAGUUUUAAAAAUCACUGUUGACCUGAUCAAUGUUUCAUUGGUACUACGAUGCCAGAUUUGGUUCAUUACACCUUAACAUUUUAGUUUGUAAGACAUAAGUCUGUAAGGUUCUAUACUUUUACCAAAAAUAUUAGGAAAUCAUAGAAUUUCUCAAGAGCGGUAAAUGACCUUUAUCUCUACUUAAAAUAAAUCCUUCCUCCUUUCUGACAAGAAAGUUUUUCCCUGAUUUCAACCGUGAGUCUAUGCUAGUAUAAAUUAAAGUUAAAACAAAAUUCUUGCUGAAUCGCCAAUUUGCAGAGUUUAGUUGAGUACUUUCUACACUUUUUUCAGUAUUGCCAUCAUUGCAUAAGGGGAGGAGUUAAAAUAAAGGGCAUAAGAUAAUUAGAAUUGAAUUAUUUUUGAGGAACCCCUUGUUUCUAGGACUGAUCAGUACUAAGAUAUCGGUUCCUCAAAGUGUGUUGUUUGGUGCCUAAGAAAGUCAGUCCAUUGUUAAAAUUGAUAAACACGGUAGCUGUAUUAAGGUUAAAAUAAGUUUCAAUUAGAAGCUUAGAUAUUUACAUGUAGUAAUAGGUGACUCCUCUGUUCAGACUAAAGAGACCUUGAAGCAGUUUUACUGACUAUGCAUUGUACUUGAAGUUACAGCACGUGUUGAAGCUGUGAUAAAGCUCUGGCCAGUUCUGUGUUUCGGUGCCACCUUUGUUAAGAAUCAUCAAUUGACUGUGAAGAAUGGCUGACAUUGUGGCAUACCUACAUCCUUGUUGUGUAUGUGUGUGUUGCGAUUUAAUUGUGAUUUGAAUUUACAAAUUGUGAGAUAGAUAGCUAUCCAGAUAGGUGCCCCAAUAAAACUUCUGGUGGUGAGACUUGAUGGGUGGGAAUGUUUUAUCUCUUUUAAUUAAAGGUAGGAGUACUUUACACCACUUGUUGCAUAAACGCUUCGCUAAAGUUGCAUGCAAAAUGUCCUGUGGUCAGAGGGACAGACAUCAUACAGAAAAGAAAUUUUUACAUCCACCCUGUAGACAAACAAAGAAAUUUUGUCAACCUACUGAGUGAUUACUUCAAUAACGCUCAGCCAAAUUCCAUGAGUGGACUUUACUACAACGAAAAAUCAUUGAACUCAGUGUUGCUAAUAUAUAAAUAGCUUCAUUUUAUAUAUAUAAUAUAUUUUAGCCUCUUGCAAAAUUUAAAGUCUGUAGGUCAGUUCGUUUUCAUGAGACUGUGCAGACAAACUGACAGACAGGAAUGAAAUUUUUAAUCCCCAUGAGUGAUAGGUUUCACUAAUGCUCAGCCAAUAAAUUACUGGAAUCCCUUAAAAUAUUUACUAUGGGUUUUGGGCUGGAUAGGGAUUUAUAUCGCAAGGAACUUGUUUUUCUUUAUCAAAGAUAUUUUUAUGAGAGACUAAUUGUGUAAUAUUUACCACACAACCAUCAUCUCUUCCAUAGAUCAAAAAACGAGAUCCAGUCGCCUUACUUGGAGACUGAGGGCGUAAAUAAAUUUGUGAUAUAUAGAAAGUGGGAUCUCUAUAUUGAGAUUCUUUUCAAAGAUCUUUAGCCUUGCAAAUGCUCGCAGGAUUUUCAACAUCAUAAAUUAUGUACUUUAAGAUCUACCACCUACACUCCUGAAGGAAGCUACAAGUUUUUGGAUACCCUUGGUCUAAGUUCUUCAAGUGGACACCACUGACAACAGAGAUGAGACCUAAAAUGGAGUUGCAUGUGACACAGUUGUUAUAAUGCAGGGUAAUUAGGCCAAAGCUGCAGUUAACAGCUAAUAAGCAGCAGAGCUUGUUUCUUUGUAGUAUUGUUCAAGAUGUUUACAAAACAGUGGGCACUAGACCAAAGACUCUAAGAGAGAGAGAGAGAAAGGGAGGGAGGGAUGGUGGGAGAGAGAGACUUAUUCAAAAAUCAUUAAGAUUUGAAAGGCUUAAAAACGUUGCAUUACAUCACAUUUUUACAAGAAAAAAGUUACAUUAAAUAUAUCUGUCAAAGUUUCUCUAGGACAGGAACUCAUCCACUGUGUAGAAUAGGCGUUGAGCAAGCCAUUUUUCAAAUGGAGUUUGAGAUUAUGGCUGUUUCGACUCCUCAGUUCAUGUGGGAGAAGGUUUUAAAACUUGGUGCCAAUAUAUGCUGGUUUCUUCGCGAACAAUGCUGUGCAAAUGGAAUAUUCCAGUUGUUGGCAAAUCUGGUAUUGUGUUGAUGAAUAGCAGCAAGUCUUUGAAGUCCAUAUGUACAGGCAGACGACGAAAUCACUGCCAGAACGUAGUGAGAAACCACUGUCAGAUUUUCAAUAUCUUGAAAAGUUUUCCUAUCACGUAUUCCCAAUCCAGCUAAUGUUCUUAUUGCCCUCUUUUGGAGAAACAAACCCCUUUCUAAGUUGCCACAGGACGAGCCCCCCCCCCCCCCAAUAAGAUGAUUCCAUAGUUCAUAUGGCUCUCAAAAAGGGCAUGGUAAGUAACAGAGCUUUAGUGUACCACUUAUCUACACAUCUCUUGUCUGUUUGAGAUGUAACGGUAGCCAAAACUUAAGUUAUAAUGCAUAGACUGUACCUUACGUGUCUCCCCAACUCCUACAAAAAUUUAAUGAUUCCUAAUUAUCCAUAUGUCAGUCAGUCUUCAAGUCAUUUUAUUAUUUAUUGUUGCAUCUUGUAAAACACUUUGUUGAUAAUAUAAACUUAAAUUAUCAAAUGUGUGAUUUUUCAUAACUAGUAACUUUCUUCUUAAGCAUAAAAAACACUUAUUAUUAGAGGAUAUUUUAUAAAAUGUUUCAGAAUUAUUAAAUAGCCUGAGCUUUAAUUUAUAAAAAAAUAAUAUAGCAUAACAGUAUGUUUAUCAAUUUUAACUCUAAUAAUUAAGCUAUCAUUUGUCAAACCACUGUAAACAAGUCAUGGUCCAGUGUUGUCUGAUCUUUCUCCAUUUCCAGUAGGUUAGGUUAGGUUAGGCCAAGUCGCACCACGAGUCACUAACCCUUGUGAUAUCCCGCUUGUUGUGAUCGUCCAGGCAGCUACGGUCGUAAGGGAUCAAGUAGGCUAAGCUAAGCUAAACUCUAGGUUAUGUUUUGUCGUUUCUUUGUCUAAGAACUAUUUGUGAUCGUGUCGCUAAGCACCACUAAUUUAGUUUAUCGAGUGAUUUUUUUCAAUAAAUACCCUCAAGUUGAAUAAA